AUGCUCGCUAGGGUUUCAAGAUGGUCCGUAAGGGCUACGAUUGGUCCCGUUUCGAACUCGGUCAUUUGUGCUGCUGCUGCACCUUUACGCAGCUCGACUUCGAUACAGGCUAGUAACAAGCGUUUGCUUACUUCUUCGGGCACAACAAGCUUGCCGCGUCAACCUCUACGUCGUGCAGUUCAACAGGGGCAAGACGUUGACGAGCACCUCCAAACCAGCGCUACCACCACGAGCACUACACCGUCCAACAUCAGCGACGAGCUAAGCGGUACAGACCCCAACAUCCCUUGGUUCUUACAAACCGAAACAAUAGAUCCCCCGCCACCGGCAAGAGACCCCGCCACCGACACUCUAACUCAGCUCGACACAUCCACAUCAACCAACACUUUCUCCUACAUCCCCAUCGCGCCCAAAGUCGAUGAGCCAAAAGCAAUCGCCUCUCUCAAAUCGCACCUCCUUUCUGGCCCUUCUGCCAACUUAAUAGUCCGACCAAGCGAAGAGGAAGAUCAACUCACACCAAUCACCCUCAUCCACCCUGCCUCACUCUCCAAAGACCCCGAAUCCGAUGCAUACGGCACCAACGAUUGGAUCGUCGUCGUACAGGUCAAAAGCAGUGCUGCAGGUAGCGUUCGUCGUGUAGCCCUCGACAUUGGUCGAUUUCUCAAACACACCCGUCCACCUGCAAUAGAAGAUCAACUGGAUCUCGAUGAAUUUCUCGGUCCUGGCCCCUCGGCGCCACGCUACCACCUGAAACCUGCAACGCCAAAACCAACCACGGCGACAGACACAGCACCAGCUACUCGUCGACCAAAAGGAAUGUCUCGUAUAGAACACGAACUAGGCAAAAGCCUACCCGACUGGGCAGUGCAUAGAAUCGCGCUAAAGAAGAAAUUCCCUGAUGGAUGGAGACCACCCAAGAUCCUCACCCGAGAAGCACAGGAAGGCAUUCGACUACUUCACUCCUCCGAUCCGGAGCAGUUUGAUGUUGUUGCACUCAGCCAUCGGUUCCGUAUUUCCACCGAAAGCAUUCGUCGCAUCCUGCGGUCGGGGAGAUGGGCGAUUUCAGGAGAAACCCGUUCGAGACAAGACCGUAGGGCUGUCGAACGAGCAGCCGAACGUGAAACUUCAGAACUUGCAGAGAUCCGUAGAUUGCAAGAAGAACAGAGCCAACUAGUACAAGACGGCGAAUCACCUGAAAUUGAACAAGAUCCCGAGGCAACGACAGCGGUGGAGGAGGAGGAGCAGGAGUUGCAAGAGGAGUUGAAGUUGCAAGAGGAGUUGGAGUUGCAAGAGGAUGAUGGAUUGCCGGGCAUUCAACCAGUGAGGUAUGAAGGCUUGGUAAUGUCAGCAUCUGAUGCAUCGGCGUUGCGCGUGACGAGUAAGAGUAAAACGGGGGGGAAGAAGGGGGAUGGCAAUUGGUGUUUGGUGGAUGCUGAUUGGUGUAUGGUUCAUGUUAUGACUGAACAAGCUCGUUUCAACUACGACAUUGAGGGGAUUUGGAGGCAACUUGAGGUGGGGAAGAGUACUAAGCCGAAACCUUGGCAAGAAGCGGGGUUUGCAGGCCACCCUUCCGCUUCCUCCAGUGCUGCGCCUACACCUUCAUGGCCUAGGACGAAGAGGAAUCUAUUUGGCGAAAACCUAAGCAGGAAUCGCAAGCGCAACAACGACGACGACACCUCCACCAAGUUCGGUAGCUCUUCCACAAGUUUCGCCACCAGCACCCGCCACUACUCCACCUCGACUAGGACUGGAAAGGAGAUGCCAGAAUCGCUCUCGCAAUUGCUCGCUCGCGCCCAAACCACAUUCGACUCUGGCGCAACCGAUCCGAUCCCGGUCAGCGUGACGGGAUGGCUGAGAUCGGCACGGAAACUAAAAUCACUUACAUUCCUUGAAUUAUCCGAUGGUUCCCUCCCUGGAUCUCGCUCUUUACAAGCCAUCGUUCGCUCUUGCAAAGAUUCCUCUUCCACCGACAUUGAUCGCUUAGCAGGACUUACUGUUGGCACAGCCCUUCGUCUCACCGGAACCCUCCAUCCCGGUCGCGGAACCAAACGAGGCCAAGAAGUUGAACUUUCCACCACCUCAAUCGAAGCCCUCUCUCCUUGCGACCUAAGCUACCCCCUUGCUGCGGUCACUAUGCAACACUCGCACACGGCAGUCCAAGAUUCGGGCUAUAGUGCUUCUCUUUCCGAACGACGGAAUCCACACCUUCUUGGUCGCUUGCCUCGAUUCGCAGCUGUAGCGAAAACACGACACCGUUUGGAGCAGGGGAUCUCAGACUACCUGUGCAAACAAGACUUCAUCAAGGUCUCAUGCCCAGUCUUAACCGCAAGCGAUUGUGAAGGGGCGGGGGAAGUCUUCCAGGUGUGCUCUGCAUCAGAUCUCACCUCUGCCAAGAAAGAUGGAGAUUGGAGUGCAUUUUGGUCCGGAACUAAAGCAUAUCUUACUGUUUCUUCCCAACUUCACCUUGAAGCAGCAGGAUUGGGUCUCGGUAGAGUUUGGACCAUGAAUCCGGCCUUUAGGGCGGAGGGUAGUGCGACGAAUAGACAUUUGGCAGAGUUUUGGAUGGUGGAAGCUGAAAUUUAUUUCAUCAAUCUCCAGGCUAUACUCGAUCUUACUGAAGCAAUGCUUAAACACGCUGUUCGUGCGGCGAUGGAGAGCGGGCAAGAGGAUUUGGAAUCAUUGGCAGGUCAAAAGCAUCUCGACAUCUUGAAACAGGUAGUGCAGGCUGAAUGGAAGAGAAUCACUUACCAUCAAGCUCAUCAACUCCUAGCUGAGGCACCAGCCAAUACCUUCUCCAUUCAGCCCAGGGUGCAAGAUGGCUUGGCGAGCGAACACGAACGAUAUCUGUCUGCACUGCUGGGGCCGGUUUUUGUAACGCAUUAUCCGAUUGGGUUGAAGGCGUUUUAUAUGAAACGCUCCGGUUUUCCCACCGCCUCCGCCUCCGCCUCCGCCUCCGCCUCUAGUCAGGAGGAAAGCUUGGUGGAGUGUUUCGAUCUCCUAUUUCCAAACCUAGGCGAGUUGGUGGGUGGAUCGGUAAGAGAACAUCGCCCAGAGGAGUUGGAGAAAAAUCUCAACGAGUUGCGCGCAGAUGAUCUCAAGGAAAAAUUAGCAUGGUACAUCCAAGAUCUGAAGAAAUACGGUGGAAGUGUCCAACAUGCUGGUUUCGGGAUGGGUCUAGAAAGGCUAUUGGCUUGGGUUACUGGAACGCUUAGUGUUAGGGAUGUUGUCCCUUUUCCUCGAGUCAAAGGUCCGAUUCGAUUCUGA